CAAAGCCUCUAUACAGUCUAUGGUUGAGUCGUGUCUUGCACUUGGAAGAUGUCUGCAGAGAAAGAGGGAGAUAUGUUGUGCUUUUUUAUCAACGGGAAAAAGGUAACAGAGAAGAAUGCUGACCCUGAGACCAUGCUGCUGUCCUUCCUCAGAGAGAAGCUGAGGUUAACGGGAACUAAGUCUGGCUGCGGGGGGGGAGGCUGCGGGGCGUGCACCGUCAUGGUGUCCCGCUACCAACCUGCCACCAAAACCAUCAUGCAUUUCUCAGCGAACGCCUGCCUGCUGCCGCUCUGCUCACUGCAGGGAGCCGCUGUCACCACCGUAGAGGGGGUCGGCAGCACCAAGAGCCGCAUCCACCCGGUGCAGGAGCGGAUAGCGAAGGCUCACGGCUCUCAGUGCGGUUUCUGCACCCCGGGGAUGGUGAUGUCGAUGUACACCCUGCUGAGGAACAAACCUCAGCCCAGCAUGGAGGACAUCACACAGCACCUCGCCGGAAAUCUGUGUCGCUGUACUGGAUAUCGGCCCAUUAUCGACGGCUGCAGGACUUUCUGUCAGGAAGAAAACUGCUGUCAAGCUAAUGGAGCCGGAGACUGUUGCCUCAAUGGAGACAAAAAUGAUGAUGAAGCAGAGCAUGAAAAGCCACGGUUGUUCAACAAGGAUGAGUUUCUUCCUCUGGACCCGACCCAGGAGCUUAUCUUCCCUCCUGAACUGAUCCUGAUGUCAGAGAGCGCGAGCCCACAGAGCCUCACCUUCCAGGGGGAGAGGAUGCGCUGGGUGUCCCCCUCCUCCCUGCAAGAGCUGCUGCAGCUGAAGACCAGAAACCCUGCAGCUCCUCUGGUGAUGGGGAACACAAACAUAGGUCCAGAUAUAAAGUUUAAAGGCACCGUGCAUCCGCUGAUAAUCUCUCCAACCAGAGUGAUGGAGCUGUUUGAGGUCACUCAGACUCCACAAGGUGUUUGGGUGGGGGCGGGCUGCAGUCUCUCUGAGCUUCAGUCUCUCCUGGAGAAGCUGCUGCUUCAGAGUCCGCAGGAGAAAACUGAGCUGUUCAGAGCUCUGAUCCAACAGCUGGGGAACCUGGGAAGCCAGCAGAUCCGUAACGUUGCUUCUCUUGGAGGCAACAUCAUGAGCGCGUUCCCAAACUCAGACCUGAACCCUGUUUUAGCUGCUGGGAGCUGCAGAGUGAGCGUCAUUUCUAACGGAGGAAGACGAGAGGUUCCUAUGGAUCAAAACUUCUUCGCGAGCUCCGGGAAAACCAUCCUGAAGCCAGAAGAGAUUGUGCUUUCUGUCUUUAUUCCCUUCUCCAGGAAGGGGGAGUUUGUCCGAGCUUUCCGUCAUGCUCCGAGGAAGGAGAGCAGCUUCUCCACGGUGACCACCGGGAUGAGGGUGUUCUUCUCCGAGGGGUCCCGGGUGGUGCAGGACAUCAGUAUUUACUACGGUGGGAUGGGACCCACCACUGUUAGCGCCUCCAAAACCUGCCAGGCUAUCAUCUCAAGGCGUUGGGACGAGGAGACCCUGAGCCGGGCGUAUGACGUCCUCCUGGAGGAGUUGGUGCUCCCUCCUUCGGCUCCUGGAGGAAAAGUGGAGUUCCGUCGCUCUCUGACUCUCAGCUUCCUCUUCAAGUUCAACCUGGAGGUCCUGCAGAGACUCAGAGACAUGAAUGUGAUUACAGAUGAGGUUCCUGAGAAAAUGCAGCCUCUCCCCAAAGAGAUCCAACCCAGCCUGCAGGAGUUCCAGCAUGUGUCAAAGAGCCAGAGCGAGCAGGACCCUGUGGGGCGUCCCAUGAUGCAUCGCUCCGCCCUCAGCCAGGCCACAGGAGAGGCGGUUUACUGCGACGACAUCCCGACGACAGACGGGGAGCUGUUCCUCGCUCUGGUCACCAGCUCUCGAGCCAAGGCUCGAAUCACAGGGCUGGAUGUGAGCGAGGCUCUGCAGCUUCCUGGUGUUGUGGAUGUCAUCACAGUCAAAGACAUUCCUGGGAAGAAAGUCCGUGAAAUGUGCGGGUAUGAAGAGGAGCUGCUUGCUGAGAGCGAGGUGUCAUGCGUGGGGCAGAUGUUGUGUGCGGUAGUCGCUGAUACGAGAGCUCACGCCAGAAGAGGAGCAGCGGCGGUGAAGGUCGGGUACGAAGACCUGCCGGAGCCCAUCUUCACCACAGAGGAAGCCAUUGAGAAGUCGUCUUUCUUCGAGCCUCUGAGGAGCAUCGAGAGAGGAAAUCUGACCGAAGCGUUUAAAACUGUCGAUCAGAUUCAUGAAGGAGAGUUUAGGAUGGGAGGUCAGGAGCAUUUCUACAUGGAGACGCAAAGCAUGCUGGUAGUUCCCGUUGGAGAGGAGACUGAGUUCAACGUUUACGUCUCCAGUCAGCAUCUGUCAUUUACUCAGGACGCUAUAGCAGAGACGUUGGGCAUCCCGUCCAACAGAGUCACAUGUCACGUCAAACGGAUCGGAGGAGCUUUCGGAGGGAAGGUCUUCAAAACCGCGAUCCUGGCUUGUAUUACGUCUGUGGCUGCGUGGAAGACUAAUCGAGCAGUGCGCUGUGUUUUGGAGCGAGGAGAGGACAUGUUGAUCACAGGAGGCCGCCACCCUGUCCUCGCCAAAUACAAAGUGGGUUUCAUGCAAGAUGGGAGGAUCGUGGCGGUAGAUAUCCAGUACUUCAUCAACGCUGGAAACGCAGUGGAUGAAUCUAUCGUUAUAGUCGAGCAGAUUCCGCUCCACUUUGAAAACGCCUACAACUUCCCCAACCUGCGGGGUCGCGCCGCCGCCUGCAGGACCAACCUGCCCUCCAACACCGCCUUCAGGGGCUUCGGCGUGCCACAGGCCCUCAUGGUCAUGGAGAACAUGAUCAACGACGUGGCCAUGGCGCUGGGACGCCCUGCAGACCAGAUCAGGGAGAUGAACAUGUACGAGGGUCCGUCCAUCACUCACUACAAGUUUGCGUUCAGCCCGGAGAACCUGCGGCGCUGCUGGCAGGAGUGUAAGGAGAAGUGUGAGUUCAGCGCCCGCCGCAGCGCCGUGCAGGAGUUCAACCUGCAGCACCGCUGGAGGAAGAGAGGCAUGGCCAUCGUCCCCGUUAAGUUCGGGGUCGCAUUUUCAGAAAGCUUCCUAAACCAGGCUGCAGCUUUGGUGCACAUCUAUAAAGACGGCUCUGUUCUGGUCUCUCACGGGGGGACGGAGAUGGGUCAGGGGCUGCACACUAAGAUGCAACAGGUUGCAAGUCGGGAGCUCCACAUCCCCGCCUCCAAGAUCUACAUCAGUGAGACCAGCACCAACACCGUCCCCAACACCUCCCCGUCAGGUGCGUCCUACAGCACAGACGCCAAUGGCAUGGCAGUGAAGGAUGCCUGCCAGAUUCUGUACCAGCGCCUGGAGCCAAUCAGGAAGGAGAACCCCAAAGGAUCAUGGGAGAGCUGGGUCAUGGCAGCAUUUUUGGAUAAAAUCAGUUUAUCCGUUACUGGAUUCUACAGAGGACCGGACCUGUACAUGGACUGGGAGAAGAUGGAGGGGCAGCCGUACGCUUACUUCACCUUCGGAGUGUGUUGCUGUGAGGUGGAGCUGGACUGCCUCACAGGAGACUACAGGACUGUAAGGACAGACAUUGUGGCGGACACCGGGAAAAGUGUGAACCCCUCAAUUGACAUCGGCCAAAUUGAAGGAGCCUUCAUGCAGGGUCUGGGUCUGUUCACUCUGGAGGAGUUGAAGUUCUCCCCCGCCGGGCUCCUGUACACUCGCGGUCCGUCUCAGUAUAAGAUCCCGGCGGUGUGCGACAUGCCGCUUCACUUCAAUGUCUACUUGCUGUCGAACUCCUACAACCCCCACGCCAUCUACUCCUCAAAGGGUAUUGGAGAGCCUGUCCUCUUCCUGGGCAGCACUGCGUUCUUCGCCAUCAAAGACGCCGUGUCUGCAGCUCGCUCUGACUCCGGGUUAUUUGGCCCGUUUUCUCUAAACAGCCCUGCGACUCCGGAGAGGAUCUGCCUCGCCUGCGCCUCCCCGUUGACUCAGAAGAUUCCAGCCAGCAAACCAGGAUCUUUUACACCAUGGGCCUUAAACAUCUAAAACUCAACCUGUCAAUCUUUGUAUGUGAAUACUAAAGCAGUGCAUGAACGCAACAAACAAUAAUGAAGUAAUACAGUUAUACUCAAUGAUCUAUAAACCUUCUCUGUUCUUUUGAACCAACCAAUGAAACGUUUCUAAUUUUUAUUGUGACAUUUUUUUAUUGCAAUUUAAUUGUUUGCCCUUGCUCUCAUCCUCCAGUAUCACUAUUUCAAUAGAAGAAUACAUAAUUAAGCACAAUAUUAAAAUCAACAAAUGAUCUGUGUUUCCUCUUUAUUAUUCAGUGGUAUUCCACAAACGUUUUAUGACUGAUACAAACAAAUAUUUGUAUUGUUUUCUUUUUAACCUUUAAUCAAAAAAGUAAAUUGAGUAAAACUAUUGCUAAUUAAAACAGAUCAGCCUACCUGGUAAAGACAGCUGAAACUUCAUGUCUAGAAAAAUCAGAAAGGGACACAGAAGCACUUCUAGAAUGGCCCUAUAAUAUAAAACAAGUGAUGUAGAUGUGACUCAAUAUUUGUAAAAUAAACUGGCUGAAUUGAUCAAAUUAAAAUGUUGAUAUAAUACUUAAAAUGAA